GCUUUGCUUAUGUUCCUGAAGGGUACAGUCAGAAACUUGUUACGACUGAUUAAAAGAAAAAAGUUCCGACUUGGCCGACUCUUCAAAGAUUGAAAGGAGACUCCAAGAUAGUUUUGUCUUUUUAGUCCCUCACAACUAUAUACCCAAACCACUACUAUUGGCAACAAGAAUGGAGAUUGGUAAACGACCCUCAUCACGACAACGACGACAAUUACCUAUUGCAUUUGAAUCUAGUGCUACUCCAAAACGACAUUCAGAACAUCGAGGCGUCCUACCAUAUCUGUCAUCUUCGACGACAACCGAAUCCAGUAAUAGAAACCGCGAUAGUGACAAAAGAAGAUCCUUGGCAGACGGCGACGAUUACGAUUACGAUUACGAUCAAUCUUUCAUGGAAAGAUCUAGCUCUCGGAAUUCCGACUGGGCAGGACAUUUACGACGAAGGCGAAAAGGCGUUCGGCACGUCGAUAACAGCGUCAGAAACUAUACAAAAGACACCAUGAUGAUGGCGGAUCAUGACGACGCACGACGGCGGCAACGACAAAGGCACGAUAUGCUGAAAGAGUCGAAGCAUCAAAUGUUGGUGCAAGUACUCAUAUGGGCUAGCUGUGGUGGCUGGGCGCUCUUUUUGCUGUUUCGCAUUGUAUGCAGCAUCUGGUUAGGCGACUACGAACAACUCAAUAUAGUGCACUUUUUGACGCAUUGAUGGUGUGUCGCGAGUUCAUUCUUCUAUUCUAGACAAGUUAGUAGCUAGUGUUUAGUCAAUGUAUGACUUUUUGUUUGGGGGGUUGGAGAAAACGAACACAGCCGGGAACGACACAUUUGGGUUUGUUGUUGUUGUUGAUGUACAUCUGCUAAAGUAACGAGAUGACAGCUUUUUGCGCGAUCGAGGUCAGCCGACGACGUGGUAUGAGCUUCGAUGGUGCAUCCAAUAAAAUCUGCGGGGGUCGUGAGCGUGUAAACACUUGCUGUUGCUGCUGCUGUUGUUGUUGUUUUCGUGUCUUGUGU